GUAUUCAUAGUCCUUCCUUGAGGAAUAAGGAUUCCUUGUUCCUCAUUUCAUGUUUCAUAAACCUUCCUUGACUAAAUAAGGGACCUUAUUAGCUUCCUUUUCUCAAGGGAGGUUACGAGCUUCCUUGAGGAAGAGAUGCAGUCUUCAUAACCAAACAAAUCUCCACAAGUUCGUCAUAUUGAUCUCUCUUGUGGUUACCUGUGGUAUCGCGUUUCAAAACUAAUAAUGAAUAACGAAUUUGUAAAUGAUUCUGAUGAUGGAUUUGAAGAAGAAAAUGAAGAGGAUCAGAAUUUAUGGCGGCUUACGAAAAGGUACAUACGUGAUUGGGAAAAUCCUAUGGAAUUUUUUGAAGAUGAUCCUUUUCGGAAAAGGUAUAGAUUCAGCAAAGGAACUGUGAUCGAGAUCUUAUUACCUUUAUUAAAUGCUCAAUUAAGGCGAUUGAAUAAUCGUGGACUGCCGGUUUUCCCAUUGAUGCAGCUUUUAAUAACACUGCGUUUUUAUGCAACAAGCAGUUUUCAGAUUGUUAAUGGAGACUUGCGAGGAUAUAGCCAAGCAACAAUAUCUAGAAUUAUUGUACGAGUCUCCAAAAUUAUAGCAUCAUACUUGAGUCAAUAUGUUAAUUUUUCCACCGAAGAAAAACGUCGGAGUAAUAAAAAUAAAUUUUAUGAGAUAGCCAAUUUUCCAUCCGUAAUAGGGUGUAUUGAUUGCACGCAUAUAAGCAUUUCAAAUCCUGGACGGAAUUAUGGAGAAGUAUUUCGGAAUAGAAAAGGAUGGUUUUCUUUGAAUGUACAGGUUGCAGCUGGACCCCAACGAGAAAUUCUUGAUAUUGUUGUUAGGCAUCCAGGUUCAACUCACGAUGCCGUAAUAUUUGAUCGAAGCGGUCUGCGCUGUCGUUUCGAGUUGAAGCACCUGGACGGAAUUCUACUUGGUGAUAGUGGAUAUGCGUGCCGCAGCUAUCUACUAACACCUGUUUUAAGACCUGAAACAGAGUCAGAAGUUCGAUACAAUAUCGCACAUAAGAAAACGCGAGUUAUCGUUGAACAGCUAUUUGGAUCUUGGAAACGUCGAUUUCCAUGCCUGUAUUAUGGCUUACGCACGAAGUUAAGCACAUCAGUGGCAAUUAUUUGCGCCACUGCCGUUUUGCAUAAUGUGUGCAUUAAACAUAAUCUAGGCGAAAUAAUUGAAGAGGAAUUUAAUGAACCUAUAUUUGAGAAUAUUGUAAAUGAAGAACAAGAUGGAAUAGGACUUGCGCAUAAAAAUGCUUUUAUUUUAAGACAUUUUUCAUAAUUAUGAAAUAAUAUUAUA